CAAACACCUCCCUGCUCUAAAACAGUUUGCACCUGCUGUAAUCUAUCACAUACCACACCAGUAUUCUGAGACUAUGACACAGCCAUCAACUGAGUUUCCACUUGGGCUGCUGUUCAAGAAUGAGAGUGUUACUUCAGAUCUUGUGGAUAUCCUACAGCACAUGCAGAGAGAAUACGUCCCAAGAACACCAACAGGUCUGCAGAGCAUCUUCAUCGGGGGUGACCGCCUGACUGAAGGCAACAGCAGAUCCGUACAAUGGGCCUUUGGGGAAGGCGAGACUCCUGAGGACAGGCUGGAUGGAUUACUCGCCAAAUUUGAAGACUGGCAUGCCUUCAGGAUUCUCUUAGGGGUACACUUCAAGAUCUUCUGCACCGAGAGGUCAGCGCGGGACCAUGGAACUUUAUUCGCAAAUAUGAAUACAGUCAAGUGUAGCAAUGCUAAGAAGGGACCGCACCAUGCCUUCAAUGCGUACAAAGAGUUCGUCCGGAAGGACACGUCUGCCCUCUUCAUUGCGGCGGCGAUGGAGGUCUUUGGAAUGGAAAAUGUGGAAGAUGUACCCAAGGAUUUACCGCAGGACAUCAUGAGCAUGACCAAACAGGAGCAGCGAACUUGGCUCCACGACAAAGUGGCCAAGGUUGUUGACAGGUUUGUCAUCAACGCUGACAUUGCCAACAUUUUCCAGGGUGUAAGUCAGGCAUCACAGCCCCAGCAAAGGGAGGAAAUGAGCUGCCGGGAACCCGGGUGCCAGCGUACCUUUGUUUACCCAAAAUGUCGGCUCAAACAUGAGAGGAAAGAUCAUGGCCUAGACUUUGGGGAGGACACAAGCCACAAGGAAGAGCCCACUGCUAAGCCUCCCUCUUGUGACUACAAAAAAAAUCACACGGAGGCAAGGCUUAGCUUUGGGCUCUUCCUUGAGGACAUGCAAGAUGCCGUCAGAGAGGGGGACGGGGAGCGGCUGAUCCGACUGUAUAGAGUCGCUUUGUUGUACUACAGAGCCUAUGGGCGCACCCAGUAUGCGUAUAGCACCUUGCUUCUGCUGAUUCAUGUUUCGGCAGUGCUGUCACCAGCAAAAGCACAUAGCCUGAAAUGGAACAGGUUUUUCAAUGGGAAGGGGGGAAAAGGAAAAAACAUCCCAUUGGACUUGCACCUCGAACAUUUAAAUAACUUACUGAAAUCAUUCUUGAAGGGAAUGGGGCCGAAUCUUACAGAGGCCGGCGCAGAUAGGGUGAGUAAGUCUCUCGGAUCCCUCAAGAAGAUUUUGGAUAAUGCGGACAGAGAGCUUACAGUUGCCAGUCCCUCUGGCUACCACCACUGUGCGCCAGAAACUCCAGACUUCCUUAAACUAGUGGAAGUUAUCAGGAAGGCAGAUCUCUUCAACUUCUCUGCCGACAGGGCAUUUGGUGCCUUCCCAAACUUUGAUAGAAAUCUGCUAGCCCGCGUCAAGUAUACCAACAUGUGGGAGUGGAUCAUGGCCAAAUUAAAGCUUUGGAACAAAAAAUACCCGUAAGUAUGGGUAAACAGUACCUACAACAAUAUGUAUGUCUAGAAAAGAAUGGGAAGGCACUAGAUCAAAAAGUCGAAUACCUGCCUAUAUGUAAUGUGAUGGCUGAGAGUUAUUAAUGAUUAUAGCAUUUUUCAAUGUUUGUAAUGGAAAGAGGUCUCAACGUUGUAUGCUUUAGCUUCAAAAUGUACACAGUUGAUA